AAUGUAAACAAAUGUCAAGCAGACAGCUGUUUCGUGUGCUGCAAAAAGUUACCCAAUCAGGUUGUUAAAAGUUUAAGAAAAACAAUUUCAUAUGGCAACUCUCAUGUUUCUUAACAGCUGUUUAUGUCAAGCAUGCGCUAUAAACAAACAAAUUUACAACAAGCAAAAAAAUAAUGGAAGAAUAGAUAAAAUAAGAAGAAAAAACAAAAGUUACUGUUUUAACCGGAAAGUCAACAACAAAACGAACUAAAAUAAACAAACUAUAAAUUUUAGUUGAUAAACACAAGCAGCUAGUAAGACACAAGACAAGGUCGUGCGUGCAACACAAUAAUACCCCACCAGUUGGUUUGUGGAAAAGUAAAAUUAAAAAAUCAAAAACGCAUUAAAUUACGUAAUUAUCCAAAACCAGUGGCAAGGAAUACAUCAAAUAAAAUAAAUUAUUCAUCUACCUUGUAUAAUUAAUACUUGUUGGGUUUAAAACAAAUUGUAAUAAAAUGCAAAAUUUACUUACUCCCCGCAUUGAUGUUGACAAACCUUUAUAUGAUUUAUCUACCUUUGUCGGUCGUUUUAGGCAUUUUGCCUGGAUGACUGAUCCACGCACUGUCAUUGUGUCCAGUGACAAAUUAAUGCAAGCCAAACAGUUUGUUGAAAACUAUCGCCAAGGCCAAGAACCUGCAGGCACCACUUCCGAAAAAGUUAAAUAUGCCAUGAAAUUGUAUAAUUCUGCCUUUCAUCCCGAUACCGGAGAGUUGCAAAACUUUUGCGGACGCAUGAGUUUUCAAGUACCCGGUGGCAUGUUGAUUACGGGUGGCAUGUUGGCAUUUUAUCGCACAGUACCAGCUGUUGUUUUAUGGCAAUUUAUCAAUCAGUCUUUUAAUGCUGUUGUCAAUUAUACAAAUCGUAAUGCUAAUUCACCAACGUCCGUAACACAGUUGGGAGUGGCCUAUGUCUCGGCCACUACCUCGGCUUUAGUAGCAGCCAUUGGUUGUAAAAAUUAUUGGAGUAAGAGAGCUUCGCCUAUAUUUCAGAGAUUUGUGCCUUUUGCUGCAGUGGCUGCUGCUAAUUGUGUUAAUAUUCCUUUAAUGCGUCAAAAUGAAAUUAUCAAUGGUAUAGAGGUUAAAGAUGAAAAUGGCAAUAAUGUCGGUAAAAGUCGCGUUGCCGCUGUUAAAGGCAUUAGCCAAGUGGUUUUCUCACGUAUUGUUAUGGCAGCUCCGGGUAUGUUAGUUUUACCCUUUAUUAUGGAACGUGUCGAGAAACUGCCUGUAUAUAGAAGAGUUAAAUGGCUGAAUGCACCCUUCCAAACAGCUUUAGUGGGAUGUUUCUUACUCUUUAUGGUGCCAACAGCGUGUGCCUUAUUCCCACAAACAUGUUCUUUAAGCACUUCCACCAUGCAGCGUUUCGAACCUGAACUCUAUGAGGAAAUGAAACAGACCACUAAUGGUAAUAUACCCUCCAAAGUAUACUUUAACAAGGGUUUGUAAAGUAUACCCACGAAUCGGCGAAUAAAAUCCUAGUAACAAAGACAAUAUUAACUAGUCUAGAAAAAAAGGCUACGAAAACCUAUAAAAGGUUUAUAUAACAGUUAAAAGCAUUUACUUUGAAAAUGUUCCAAGUUUUUUAAAUAGACUUUUAGUUUUAUAAAGGCUUACAAAUAAUUAAAAACUGUGUGUUAAUUUUUUGUUUUACAAUUUUUUUUUUUUUAAAUUGUGUGGUACAGUAUUCUAUAUGUUUUUAUCAAAAUUUUGUUUAAUUUCACAAAUUGGCAUAGAGUUUUUUUUAAGAAUGUGUUAUAUGCGUAUAAAAGUGUUCAAUAACUAUGUCUUUAAGUUUUGUUUUUUUAAACAAUAAAGUUUAUUGCUCUGAUAAUUAUAA